GGGAAGUGGCUUGCUCAAGUCUGGGGCUCCGGGUAAAGUUUCAGCCUCCGCACGUGACUCGCCAUGGCCGCUGCCGUCGCCCCGCGCCCCUGAGCCGCGGCCCCCCGGACGGCUCCUCUCCGAGGACCUCACACCCCUGACUCCUGGCAGCGCCGAGGUUCCGACUUGGGGCAGACGCAGUGCUCACAGACACCCAGACGGGUUGCAUCCCCUCGCUUCGAGUUAACAGAAGACACAGGCUGGGACAGUCGACAGAGGACACAGUGCUCUUCCACAGUGGCCUUGGCAAGAACCCCCCAUUCUCAUCCUGGUCCCCAGGCAAAUGCUGGUUAUAUAUGCAUCCUCCAGUCUCCAGGUUUAGGCCUGGAGCCUGGAGCUUGGAACCUGCACCGCAGGACAUGCCACCCCCCAGCCGCCUAGCUGGGGCCCUUCUGGGAGUGGCAUCCUUUUUGACACCCUGAAGACCAGCUCUGGACCUUCCUACAGAAGUGUCUGCUCACAGAACUGCUUAACCAAAGGACCGACUCUUGGGACAUCCCCCAGUCCACCUGGCCCCUGGCUAGGGAGGGGGCUCCAGAAGGCUGAAAUUAACUCACUCACUUUGGACUGCAACUCCAGGGACAGAACGGGGUGGGGGUGGGCUGACCACCCAAACCCCCUCUGGGCCCAGGCCCCAUGCCCGGAGGAGGAGAGACCGCGUGAAGCGUAUCACAGCUGCCUGCCAGACUGUUCGCCUGCCCUUCUGACUGUGACCGCUUGGCAUGGCCAGCAAUAGCAGUUCCUGCCCAACACCUGGGGGCGGGCACCUCAAUGGGUACCCGGUGCCCCCCUACGCCUUCUUCUUCCCCCCUAUGUUGGGUGGACUCUCCCCUCCAGGCGCCCUCAGCAGUCUCCAGCACCAGCUUCCAGUUAGUGGAUACAGCACACCAUCCCCAGCCACCAUCGAGACCCAGAGCAGCAGUUCAGAAGAGAUAGUGCCCAGCCCCCCCUCGCCACCACCUCUGCCCCGCAUCUACAAGCCUUGCUUCGUCUGUCAGGACAAGUCAUCGGGCUACCACUAUGGGGUCAGCGCCUGUGAGGGCUGCAAGGGCUUCUUCCGACGCAGCAUCCAAAAGAACAUGGUGUAUACGUGUCACCGGGACAAGAAUUGCAUCAUCAACAAGGUGACCCGGAACCGCUGCCAGUACUGCCGGCUGCAGAAAUGUUUCGAAGUGGGCAUGUCCAAGGAGUCGGUGCGAAACGAUCGAAACAAAAAGAAGAAAGAGGCUCCCAAGGCUGAGUGCUCAGAGAGCUACACGCUGACCCCGGAGGUGGGGGAGCUCAUCGAGAAGGUGCGCAAGGCUCACCAGGAGACCUUCCCGGCCCUCUGCCAGCUGGGCAAGUACACUACGAACAACAGCUCAGAACAGCGCGUCUCUCUGGACAUUGACCUCUGGGACAAGUUCAGUGAACUCUCCACCAAGUGCAUCAUUAAGACGGUGGAGUUCGCCAAGCAGCUUCCCGGCUUCACCACCCUCACCAUCGCUGACCAGAUCACCCUCCUCAAGGCAGCCUGCCUGGAUAUCCUGAUUCUGCGAAUCUGCACGCGGUACACGCCUGAACAAGACACAAUGACCUUCUCAGACGGGCUGACCCUGAACCGGACGCAGAUGCACAAUGCUGGCUUUGGCCCUCUCACCGACUUGGUUUUUGCCUUCGCCAACCAGCUGCUGCCCCUGGAGAUGGACGAUGCGGAGACUGGAUUGCUCAGUGCCAUCUGCCUCAUCUGUGGAGACCGGCAGGACCUGGAGCAGCCAGACAAGGUGGACAUGCUGCAGGAGCCGCUGCUGGAGGCACUGAAGGUCUACGUCCGGAAACGGAGGCCCAGCCGUCCCCACAUGUUCCCCAAGAUGCUGAUGAAGAUCACAGAUCUUCGGAGCAUCAGCGCCAAGGGAGCGGAGCGAGUGAUCACCCUGAAGAUGGAGAUUCCCGGCUCCAUGCCUCCUCUUAUCCAGGAAAUGCUGGAGAACUCUGAGGGCUUGGACACUCUAAGCGGACAGUCGGGGGGCGGAACCCGAGAUGGGGGUGGCCUGGCCCCCCCUCCGGGUAGCUGUAGCCCCAGCCUCAGCCCCAGCUCCCACAGAAGCAGCCCUGCCACCCAGUCCCCAUGACCUCCACAUGGACGAUCCUCAACCCUGCCCUGGCUUUCUCUGCCUUCCUACUGGCCACAUGACCCAUCAGCCCUGCCCCGCCUCUUCCUCCCAGACAGAACUGGGAACCUUCUGCGGGGACAGGAGGGAGGAGGCAGUGACUCUGUGGACAGAGGCCUGGACCCAAGAUGGACUGCCCUCUUCCGGCAGCCUGGGCUGGCAUCAGGGGCCAGGCAUUGAGCCAUGUGAGGACCUGGGCCUGAGCCCCAACGCACCUUGCCACGUCUUUAUCACCAGCAAAUGCCGGGACCUGGCUUCCUGUCCUCCGAACUCAAGCCAUCUCUCCCCCGUUGGGGAACUUCCCCCUGCUUCAGAUGGUGACAGAGGGGGUGUCCAGGGUGGGGGAGAUCCCCUGUACAUAUCCUGCGUACCAACCCCCCAGAUAUUAAUUCUCGCUGGUUUCGUUUUUAUUUUAAUUUUUUUUUGUUUUGAUUUUUUUAAUAAGAAUUUUCAUUUUAAGCACAUUUAUACUGAAGGAAUUUGUGCUGUGUAUUGGGGGAGCUGGAUCUAGAGCUGAAGGGGUGGGUCCUUGGGAUGGGCAGGGCUCUGAAGGGCUCCCCUCUCCUGGAUGCGCCCCACCCCGCAGCCUGUCAUCCUCCCGUUCUCUCUAAUACUGUGAAAUACUAACUUUCCAAGGCCGCCUUCUCCUGACCUGUGCGGGAAGCAGCUUCCCUUCUCCCUCUGCCCAGCACUGGGUGUGGGCGUCCCAGGCAGCUACCCCUGGGAGGAAGGGAUCCUGGCUUUGGCUUCUGCCUUUGACCACCAAGAAGUAGGGGGAGGGUAAAGCUAGGGCCCCUCGGAUGAGUAGGAUGCUACUCCUCACUGCCCAUCAGAGCUCACUUCAUCCAAGCCUCAGCCCCACUGUGAAGGGGCUGGCUAAGGGGUCCAAGUUACCCCUGCCCCCAGCCUCAUAGCCACCAGCACCCCAUGGGGCCCUCCAACACACACACACACACACACACACACACACACACACACACACACUUGGCCUGAGUUCCUUCAUUUCCCUGGCCUCCCCCCAAUCCCUCUGUGCCCCCUCCUUGCCCCGCAGGACGGGACUCCAGGGGGUCCCCUCCCUCCCCCUACACCCCUGGGCUGGGGGAGCAGGCUUACCCUGCCCUCCUGCCUGGGUGGGGUCUCACCCCGGAGCCCACUGGUAUACUUGUUACUGCUGGGUUUCCACUGAAUUCUACUGGAGAAAGAAUAAAGUUCUAUUUAUUCUACAA